UGAGCAGGCGGAAUCGCCGAUUAAUCGCCAGACGAAAUGAUCGUGGGUCGCUCUCUUGUCGUUUCGCCAGCCCGCCUCUUUAAAUCGCCACCCAUUCUCACUUCUUCGCCUCGUCGACAACUCUCUCUCUCUCUCUCUCUCUAAAAUAGCUUCCAGCACAAGAGCACCGAAAAAAAAAAUGGCGGCACUUCCAAAAUCUCCACUGCGCGACUCGGCUUUCGAGGUCGACAAGCUUACCAACGAAAUCUUCUCCAUCCUCGAGAACAAGUUCCUCUUCGGCUACGACUCCCCCAACUUCGCCGCCCCAAAAACCCACCAACCUGGCAAGCUCGCCGCCGGCAAAGUCAGGAUCCUCUCCAUCGACGGCGGCGGCGCCACCGACGGGGUCCUCGCCGCCAAGUCCCUCGUCCACCUCGAGGCGUCUCUCCGCCUGAGGUCCGGCGAUCCGAAUGCUCGCAUCGCCGACUUCUUCGACGUCGCCGCCGGCUCCGGCUCCGGCGGGAUCCUGGCCGCGCUGCUCUUCACGCGCCGGAAGGACGCCGGAGAAGGCGGCCCUCCCACGAUCGCGGCGGAGGAGGCCCUGAGGUUCCUCGCCCGCUGCCGGAAGGCGUCCCGGGGGCGGCGAAUGUUCCGGCGUCGGUGGCCGGGGGGCGGGGCGGAGAAGAAGCUGCUGAGAAGGGCGUUCGCGGACGAGCUCACGAUGCGAGACACGGUCAAGCCGGUCCUGAUCCCUUGCUACGACCUCGAGUCCCGCGCGCCCUUUGUGUUCUCGCGCGCGGACGCGCUCGAGAUGGACGGCUACGACUUCAAGCUGAGGGACGUGUGCGCGGCGACGGUGGCGGAGAGGCCGAUGGAGCUGAGGUCCGUCGACGGGAGGACGAGAAUCGUGGGAGUCGACGGGCGGGUGGCGAUGAAUAACCCGACGGCCGCGGCCAUCACGCACGUGCUGAAUAACAAGCAGGAGUUCCCGUUCUGCAACGGCCUGGAGGACCUGCUGGUGCUCUCCUUGGGGAAUGGCGGGUCGGAUUUUGAAGAUCCGGGCCGGUCCGGGCUCGCCCGGAUCACUGAAGAUGGAGCUUCUGCCAUGGUGGAUCAAGCUGUGUCCAUGGCAUUUGGUGAAUCAGGAAAGCACAAUUACGUCCGCAUUCAGGCGAACGGUUUCGCCGGAGCAAGGCAAGGCCUCGCCAAGCAUAAGAAGAAGACCAGAGACAUAUUGGAAAGCGCCGAGGAGAUGUUAGCGCAGAAGCACGUAGAUUCGGUACUGUUCCAGGGGAAGAAGAUGGGCGAGAGGACCAACAUAGACAGACUGGAGCUGUUUUCCGGGGAAAUCCUCAAGGAGGAAGAGAGGAGGAAAACCAGCAUACUGCCGACCGUCGUUCUGAAGCGGAGCUCCCCGCAUUCGACAAGAACGUCGUCCGCCACUUCUCUCUCUGUUUCGUCUUCGGUGUAGAUCGAGAAGGAGAAGCUAAGAAAUGCGCUCCUGGACAUGGUUUUUUGGUGGAAUUUUGGUUUGUCGAACCGAUCCAUUUGGUCGCGGUUGAACAGAAAUCGCGACCCGAGUUCGAGCUGAAGCAAAUUCGUUAAGAAGGGGGUCACUUUGGCAUCCGAUCAACUUGGUUUGGUUUUAACUAAAUUAAUCAGGUGAAGGCUUGGUUUUAUGAGUUCAGGGGCCAAGGAGAUUAGUUUUUCUUCCUAGUGUUUUGUCCCCAACCUUGUAAUGGGACAGUCGAUAUGGAUCCUGGCAUUGAACUUUUGACUUACGGGCGAUGUUCCAAGCAAAUUUAGAAGCACUAGUAUUAAUUCGUGUUAGCCUAUGAUAUCUUUCUUAUAAUCCUCGUAAAUGAGAAGCAGCAAGAUAGUAAUCGUGCCAC